UUAUGAACAGUGAAACAAACCAAGACUCGCUGGGCCAGUUGCCGGGACCAAUUUCGGCGAGAGGUCUCCAGCAAGGGGCGUAGUGGAGAGGGUCCCUCCCGGAAGAGGCCAUACAUAUAUACUGCCCAGUUGCAGUUUCUCAGACCCGUAAUGGACUUGAGGCCUACUGUGGACAGUCUGGAACCCUCUGGGGAGUCGUCUUCUGAUGGAAGUGAAACCCCAGCUGCUUUUUCCCCUGCAAUUAGUCCGGAACCGACGCCAGCAGAGGAGCCGGAGGAGUCGUCACAGGGCCAGCACCAACAACAGCCCAGUCCAGCCCGUGUCAGGCAGCCGCACCGAAGACGCCCCCGCCAAGUCCCUCCCUCCACCUCUGUGCCAGAGAGUCGGGAGGUUAUUGACGCACGCGUCAUUGAUUUUCUGGCACAGAGGCGGAGUGACGGAGUGGAGGAGAAGAUGCUUCGCGGAUUGGCGCCCCUUCUGAAAAAAGUGCCGGAACCUGACCACAAUGCAUGCGUGGCUUCUAUUGCGGUGGUCAUGAAAAUGUUCGCCAUCCCAAAUCAUGGGGACAUCCUGGGCCGUUUGAACAACUGGAUGGUGGAUCUUGAAAAUGAGGGGCAACCCCAAGUGGCCGGCCAAUUUGGACAGGAAAGGCAACCAACUCAGGCGCCUUCUUUUGCCCCACACCCCCAGUACGGGCCACCCCAUGGCCAUUUGCAAGGGGCAUCACAGGCCAUUUUCCAGGGCAGUUUGCCCACUGUCCCACAACAGCAGGCUCAAGGAAGGCCACGGUCCUCCUUUCCGGCAGGGUCUUUCACCCAGGACCUCUUUGAGUUAUGA